CUUCCGUCACUUCCUCCUUGUGCGCGUCGGUCACUCCGCGCUUAUCUAGCAUGCAGCGGUGCUGUUUUUGUUCACUUUAAUCUGUCCAACUCCGUGCACUGGAGAUUUUUUUUUUAUUAUUUUAUUUAUUUCUUUUCUUUUCUUUCCAGCAAACCUUCCCGGUUUCGCCUGUGCACACGUGUAUAAGAGCGCGCGCAUUUCCGCCAUGCCCAACAUCGUGCUGUUCAGCGGGAGCUCCCACCAUGACCUCUCCCAGAAAGUGGCCGACCGCCUCGGGCUCGAGCUGGGAAAAGUGAUCACCAAAAAAUUCAGCAAUCAGGAGACCUGUGUUGAAAUAGGUGAGAGCGUGCGAGGCGAGGAUGUGUACAUCAUACAGAGUGGCUGUGGAGAAAUUAAUGACAACCUCAUGGAGCUGCUGAUCAUGAUCAACGCAUGCAAGAUCGCUUCUUCAUCACGCGUCACCGCCGUCAUCCCCUGUUUCCCCUACGCCCGACAGGACAAAAAGGACAAAAGCCGUGCACCCAUUUCUGCAAAACUGGUGGCCAACAUGCUAUCAGUAGCCGGAGCAGACCAUAUAAUCACCAUGGACCUUCAUGCUUCACAGAUUCAGGGAUUUUUCGACAUUGCCGUGGACAACCUGUACGCUGAACCCGCAGUCCUCCAGUGGAUCCGAGAGAACAUUCCAGAGUGGAAAAACUGCAUUAUUGUCUCUCCUGAUGCUGGUGGUGCUAAAAGGGUGACCUCCAUCGCUGACCGGCUGAACGUGGAGUUCGCACUCAUUCACAAAGAGCGCAAAAAAGCCAACGAGGUGGACCGGAUGGUGCUAGUAGGGGACGUAAAGGACCGAGUGGCCAUCCUGGUGGACGACAUGGCUGACACGUGUGGAACCAUCUGCCACGCUGCUGAUAAGCUGAUCUCCGCCGGAGCUAUAAAGGUUUACGCAAUUCUUACCCACGGCAUCUUCUCGGGUCCUGCGAUCUCGCGCAUCAACAACGCUCCUUUCGAGGCCGUCGUCGUCACCAACACCAUUCCACAGGAGGAGAAGAUGAAGCAGUGCCCCAAAAUCCAGGUCAUCGACAUCUCCAUGAUCUUAGCCGAGGCCAUCCGGAGAACCCACAACGGCGAAUCUGUCUCGUACCUUUUCAGUCACGUUCCGUUGUAAGAAAGAAGAGAGCCAGUUACACUUUUCCUCCUCCUCCAUCACCAAUUCCAGUAUCAUUCCCAUGUGGAAGGCCAGAGAGUCGAUCAAAUUCUGUAGCCGGCAGCAAGCGUCCGGCCCUUGUUUAUCUCGCCCACGUCACUCUUGUUAGCAUUCCAUUCACAAAACAAACUUUGGGACAAUUUACAUUGGUUCUGCUCUCAGUUUUCAAUCUAUUUUCUGACCUUGUUUUUGAUUUACCCAAAUAUCUGAUGCCGACUUCACUUCAAUUUAGUGUCUCUGUAUUUUUUUUUUUUUCCUUCCCCAAACGUAUGCAUGUGUAUAUAGUUGCCCUACAAGCAGACCCUGUAAUUUUUGCAUUAGAAGAUUAUAACUUGUCAGGAUUUAGUUUAGUCCUAAAUGUUUCACAUUUGGGUUCCCAAGAAUUUUGUUGCUUGAAUAAAGAGGAAGCAGAAGACGAGAUGUCGGACAGAGAGAGUAUAGACUCUCUCUCUCUCUCUCUCUCUCUCUCUCUCUCUGUGCCAUUUCAUAACUUUAUAAUUCGCUUUAUUCUCAGAACUGAUUUAACAUUGAACCGGAUUUCACAAUUUCAAACCUGAUGACCCUUGUGAGAGAAAUGUAACGGUUCUUCGGCCCGAGUCCACCGUUGUGGUCUUUAACGCAGCACAGUUUAUCGCAAACAAACGUUGACUCUCCAUUUGCACGGUGAAUUUUCAGACUAUUUUUACAACUAAAUAAUCUCUGAUCAGUUGUUAUUAAACACACAGUUCAGAACAGAUGCUCUGUAUUUUCACUGAAAUGGCUAAGAGACUGUUUGAGACCACGCUGACUUGUGAAUGUUGAGCUUUGUGUAGUUCUCCAGUGCCAGGCUGCAUGAGUUAACACUGCUUUUGUGAUUUCAAUGUUAACCUCCAUGAUCCAAAUAAGAACAUAUUGUCAUGGGUGAAGCAUGGACCUAAACACAAUAAUGUAUAAUUUCUGACAGAAUCCUGGCUGUCCUUUGUUGCGCCGUGCUCUUCAUCCGUUAUAAAGCACAUUAUUACACAACGGCACACAAAGUAUAACGUAUAAAUCAGUUGUUGUCCAGCAGUGGACAUAUCCAGCAGUACCAACAUGAUUAAACCUUUUAAAUCAGA